AUGACAGGAAAUGUUCAAAAUCUGUUAGCUUUCCAGUCAGACAAAAUCUCAUCUUAAAGAAAGAGUUGACACAGACAGAACGGGUACACCUGAAAGGAAAAAAUAAACAUUUAUUUUAAGAGAUACAAUCUAACAGAAUUAAUACCGUCUGCUGCAGUCAUUACCUGGAGAUAAUUGACCUUGACCUUGCCUUCAGCUUGAGGCACUUAAAAGACACCACACAGAAUCAUCUAGCAGCUCCAAAGACCCACCAUAGGCCAGUGCACUCAUCCGGGAUUUCAGUGCCUGUGGUUGACAGCAUUUGCUCCUGAGAAGUCUAGGAUGAAUCUGACAGACGAUCCCGUGAUUCAUCUUAUAACAUCAGACUACAAUUAUUCCCUGGACUACAAUGAUUCCUUAGAUUUCAAUUACGAUUACAGCCCAUGUACAGACAGCACAACCAUACUGGGAUACAAUUCUAUGUCUGCUCUUAUCUCUGUGGUGUUCAUGGCUGGCCUUGUUGGGAACAGUAUUGUCAUCUUGAUACUUACACGCCAUAUCAAGAUGAAAAACAUGACAGACGUUUGUAUGCUGAAUUUGGCAAUCUCUGACCUACUGCUUGUCCUCUCUCUUCCAUUCUGGGCAUGUUAUGUUUCUGGCCAGGGCUUUCUGAGUGAUGCUCUUUGUAAAUUCAUCACUGGCCUCUACCUGAUUGGUUUCUACAGCAGCAUAUUCUUUGUAACCCUGAUGAGUAUAGAUAGAUAUCUUGCCAUAGUCCAUGCUAUAUUCGCUAUGAGAGCCAGAACACUUCUUUAUGGUACAAUUGCAAGCAUCGUCAUUUGGUCAGUUGCUAUUUGUGCUUCUAUUCCAGACUUUGUUUUCACUGAAGCUAUAAUUGACGAUAAUGCAGUAGUAUGCCAACCAAAUUAUCCCUCAAAUAACGGAAAGACCUGGAAACUGCUUCGGAAUUUUGAAGCCAAUAUUCUAGGGCUUCUCAUUCCUCUGAUUAUCAUGACAUACUGCUAUGUAAGCAUCCUUAUAGUAUUACUAAGGUCCAAAACCUCUAAGAGACAUAAAGCUAUCAAGCUCAUUUUUAUGAUAGUCGGUGUUUUUAUUGUUUUCUGGGUACCAUAUAACAUUACUCUGUUCUUAGAAUCCUUGCAAGAGUUAAACAUUGGAAAAAACUGUGGAAACAGUCAGAAGGUGAUAUUUGCCAGAGAUGUUACUGAGGCAAUUUCGUUAGUUCACUGUUGUGUAAAUCCCGUGAUCUACGUUUUAGCUGGUGAGAAGUUUAAAAAGCACCUGGGGAAUUUGUUUUAUAGACUUACAUUUUGCAUAUCUUUUUGUAAACGUACGACAAUUCGCAUCAGAGUGUCUGAAAACGAGACCUCAAACACUCCAGUAUGAUUCCAGUUUUUGGCCAUUGUACUUUCCUUGCGUUGAGUGAAUAUACAGUACUGCUGUACAGAUGGGGAUAUCUUAGGAAUCCAUUUUGAUGACACAUUUAUUUUAUCUAAUAUGUUUGAAAAUGACUAGAUUACACAGUAAACAGUAUCCCUCUUAUAAUGCUCUUCACGUGUACAGUAUGCAGAAUUCCAUUUACAGGAGCUAGUCAUCCUGGUAGGAUGGUAACUUCAAUCUCAAAAUCUACUAAAAAGUACAAAUUCUAAAGAUUUCUCGUUAAUCGUUGCUAAAUUGGUUAGUGUUUAAAGUUUAUUUUGAUGUUGUGAUGAUGUAACUUUUUUGUAAAUACUAGUCAUUUUAUUUUAUUUCAAUGUCAUGCUGCAAAUAUUGCACGUGCUUUAUAAUAUAAUGUAAGCCGUUUGUAUUCAGGUUACUACCUAACUCACCAUUAUAUUAUGUAAAAUAAAGUGAAUGGAUUGCACAGGAGUUAUCAACUGGUUUACUUUAACAAAAUGAUUACCAAGGUUUUGAGGUCAAUGUUCUUAUCACUUUUUUAGUAUUCACAACAUUAUUGCUGGAUCCAUAAUCUGUGAUGAAUAUAUAUUUUUUAGCAGGAUUGGUGAUAUGCAGAUUAUUUCAUAAUGUAACCUCUCUGUAGCUUAAACCGCUUCUCUUCCUGUUACAGAUUUACUUGUGAUAAGUUAUAAGUGAUAAGUUACCACAUCAUCAUGCAUAGUUCCUUCUCUGCCAUCAUUUCCAAGAUCCUGGUGAAGUCAUCAUACUUUGUACAUUUCCUGUAAUGUAGUAAAGAUGGUGAGUAAAAAAUAGAAAUGCCACUGAAGAUGCAGAGCGGGAGUUGUUGGGCAGC